AUGGCACAGUACGGAAAUUCCAUGUACACGCCCGAUCAAUUCAUGAACCCGGGGCCGGCUCCCCGCCCGCCCACUGAUCGCCCUAAGCUGUCGAUUCCCGCAAACACCCCUGUGGCCACUUCCUUCAACCAAAUGUCUCUUAACUCGCCUAGCACCCCCGGCCCCGGCGGCAACCUUUCACUGUUCCCCAAUACCAGCAGCCCGACACUGAGCCGAACCCAGACCGGACAGGGCAAUGCGGUCGUUAAAGAGGGCCCCGUACGUUGCAAAGAAGACAAGUUCCUCGCAACAUGGAACCAGCGACACCUGAUUCUCCGCGAGUUCAAAAUUGACUUCAUGAAGAGCGAGUCCGGAAAAGUCGUUUUGUCGUUCCCCCUUUCAACCGUCACCAACGUCACCCGCUCCGAGGAUACCAAAUUGGCGUUUGAAAUUACCCGUCUAGCCAACACUAAGGAUGCGAACACCAAGGCAAGCAUGCUUUCGCGGGAUGUACCAACAAAAACGAUCACCUGCGAAGUGAAGUCCGAUGAUGAGAUUUACGAAUGGAUCGACAAGAUCUAUGAACGCUGCCCUGGCAUGGGUGGUGUGAGCAACCCCACAAACUUUAGCCAUCGUGUGCAUGUUGGUUUCGACCCGCACAGCGGUGCGUUCGUGGGCUUGCCCCCCGAAUGGGAGAAGCUCUUGACUGCAUCUGCGAUUACGAAGGAGGACUACAAGAAGAAUCCUCAGGCAGUCAUCGAAGUCUUGGAAUUCUAUUCGGAUAUCAAGAUGCGAGAGCAGAACCCCCAGUACUACGGAGGCAUGAAUGGCUCUUCUGGCGGUGUUCAGAGCAAAAUGACUGGAAGUGGCUCCGUUGGCAACUCAGUCGCCCCCCCUCGACCCCCUCCUCCCGGUCCUCUCCAGCGCCUUGACAGCGGCCAAUCGAGUAUGUCCCUCGAAAACUCGACAGGUCAUCCCGGUGAAACGGAUCGCGCAACAGAGCAGCAGCAACAACUAGAACGCGUGAAGCAAUUGGCUGAACAGGAACGACGCCGAGUCGAGGAGGAAAACCGCCGCCGAGAGGACCAGGAAUACAAUGAUUCCUUACCGAAGGGUCGCGUACCAUUGGCUAAGCAAGAACUUGGUGGAUAUGGAGGCGAACCCCAGCGGGAUAACCGAUACCAGCCCAGUCGUCCUGCGCCACAGGCUCCGGGCUCUGCAUCUCGGGCACCUGGUGGUGAGCCUCGACAGCUGACCGCGCAACGUCCACCGCCUGCUCCUCCAGCUGCCCAAAGCCCAUAUGGACAAGGCCCUCCUCGUACCCCGGGAAGCUCCAGCAGAGCCGAUCAACAGGGUUCUCCUGACCGCUACCCUGCUAGUGACCCUCGCGCACAGGCCUCUUCGAGCCGCCAGCCCAACAAUGCUGGCAAGGCUCCAUCAGCGCAAGGGCCUCCGCCCAGCCGACUGCCAGCUCCCGUGCAGCAGGUGAAGCCGCUGAAUGUCGCUAACAAGCAGCCCAGCUCUAAGCAAGCCGUUCCAGAUGGCGUGCGCCAAGCUGAGGCCGUUUUGUCGAAGCCUAAGCAAGAGCCCCGCCAGAAGGAGGUUCGCAUGUCGGCAAUGACUGAAAAUGAGGUUAUGGACCGGUUGCGAUCAGUCGUCUCCAAAGAUAAUCCCAAUGACUCUUACAGCAAGCAACGCAAGAUUGGACAGGGCGCUUCUGGGUCAGUUUAUGUCGCCCGUGUUAAGGAGCAUGCGACAUCUGGAGUUGCCCGUGAGCUGUACCGACAGUACGGCCCUCGGUGCCAGGUUGCUAUCAAACAAAUGGACCUGCGAAGCCAGCCUCGCAAGGAGUUGAUUGUUAAUGAGAUCAUUGUCAUGAAAGACAGUCAGCACGCCAACAUUGUCAACUUCUUGGAUUCUUUCCUACAGGAGCAGAGCAAUGAACUUUGGGUGGUCAUGGAGUUCAUGGAAGGUGGUGCCUUGACGGAUGUGAUUGACAACAACCAAGUGAUCCAGGAGAACCAAAUUGCCACUAUCUGUGCUGAGACGUGCAAGGGUCUGGCCCACUUGCACAGCCAGAACAUUAUUCACCGAGAUAUCAAGAGUGAUAACGUGCUCCUCGACCGCGUCGGCCAUGUGAAGAUUACGGAUUUCGGCUUCUGUGCCAAGCUUACCGAGUCUAAGAACAAACGCGCUACCAUGGUGGGUACCCCCUACUGGAUGGCUCCUGAGGUUGUCAAGCAAAAGGAGUACGGCCCCAAGGUCGACUGUUGGUCUCUUGGCAUCAUGGCCAUCGAGAUGAUCGAGUCAGAGCCUCCAUACCUCAACGAAGAGCCUUUGAAGGCGCUCUACCUCAUUGCCACAAACGGCACGCCUCGCCUAAAGAAGCCCGAGAAACUCAGCAAGGAACUCAAAGCUUUUCUGGCUGUCUGUCUAUGUGUGGAUGUCCGCAGCCGUGCGACGGCUGACGAACUGUUGGCGCAUGAGUUCUUGCAAACUGGCUGCAGUCUGGCUAGCCUGGCUGAGCUGCUCCGCUGGAAGAAGCCCAACGGCCAGUAA